AUGGUCAAGUGCUACCAUUUCGGAGCUGACGAGCGCACUGAGCGCGUCGAAUACGCAGAACGGGAAGAGGUAGAGCUAGAGCACGUCCUCGAGAGUGCUGGCAGCGGAAAUGCGCUGUAUCCUGAUCCUGACAAAGAAACGACCGGGCCGUAUUUCAUGAAAGCUUCAUCUGGCGAUCACGGAGCUCAGGCGGCCUCUCGCAACCCUGGAAAGCAUCGGCGACACCCUGCCACAAAGUUCCGGGAUGCGGAAAUCGAGGCGUUCACGGACAGUGCAAGAGCAUUCCCUAUCCAAGACCUACCCGGGCACUUCCCCUGGAGUACCGCCUCACCAAGCCGCUCCAGCAGUAUGCAGUCACAGGUGGCGCCGGCCAGGGGUAGGACUGCAUCCUCAAGCCAUCAAGGACGGUCAACUCUUGGCAACAUCUCGUUGGGCAAGGCCCCCUUAUUCUCCACAUCAAUGUCCACGUCCGGUAACCAGUCAGCGUUACAUCCCGGUAAGAAGAGGAAAGCCACCGACUCUGACAAUAAUGAUGAAGAAGAGAUCAAGGAUGAGGAGGAGGAUGAGGAUGAAGAGGAGCCGGUAAAGAAGAAAGCCAAGGGCCGCACUGGAAAGCCGCAUGCUCCUCACCUCCAGUACGACCCCACCAAGACUCUCCUCAGCACAGGAAUUGCAAGACCUCAGAUGCGAGCAUCCAUCCCGGAGAUCCUUACCAUUUUCCCAGACGAAAUCAAGAACAACCCAACUUUUGUUCAGCGUCUGGUAGAAAGCGGAUGGGAUGCAGGGAUGACGUCGGCCUACAUCAAUCACACCCGCGGUCUGGCAGAAACUGAUGUCGGGGCGUUCAAGAGGUCGACCAUCGCGAAGCAGUUCAAGAAGGUAUACGGACCGGGUUGGACGAUGGGCGCCUACAAGGGCACGCCUACGAGCGACCACACGUUCACAGCUCGGGACGGUGAAGAUUGUCCAAUGGCGGAUCUUCUGGGCGACGUGGUCAAUCUACCGGACGCACAGGAUCAAUGGGACCUGUUGCCUUGCCUCGUCCAUGCCAAGGCAAAUCCAGCCAUGGGUUACACCUUCCCGUCCGAUCUUGAUCAGGUACGGGCUGUCUUACCGGUUGGAGCCGUCGCGACACCCGCGCCAAGUGCCGGAGUGGAUGUUGAGGCUGGGAAGCGCUGGGCCAAGAAGCGCGAUGAGAUAGUGGCCAAGCGGCGCGGCGGAAACACAACCGCGUAG